AAUCUCAGGUGGGUUGGGUUGAAACUUUGCUUUUGAUGAGUAAAUAAUCAUUUUGUGAGGAAAUUUUACAGUGAGUCCGAGAUUCUGAGUAGGCGAUUUGGGUGUUCUAAACACUGAAAUUCGAGUUUUUUUAGUGGUUUUAUCUUAUUUUGGCUUCUGGGUACUGUUGGGUUGUUGUCAAAAUAGGUGAGUCUGAUCCUUGUGAGCUUCUGUAGUUUAGGUUUUCUAUGGCACUGUCUUACUCAUGUUGAUUUGGGCUUUUGGUGUAAAGCUUCUGGUCUUUUGACCCAAAUUUGUGAACUUGAUCUUCAAGGGCUUCUGUGGUUAGUUUUUUCUGUGUCUAUGUUGAUUUGGCCUUCUGGAAAUUGUUAGGUUGAUGUUAAAAUUUGUGCUUUUAUGGGCUAAACGGUGAUUAUCUUCAGGAGCUUCUGCAAUUAGGGUUCUUCCGUGGUUUUACUUUGGCUUUUGCUUCUAGGAUAUUGUCGGUGUUCUUCAUCGAUUUAGGCUUCUGGGUAUGGUUAGUGGUGGUCGUGUAGAUGAUGAGGUGUUUGUCUAGUUCAGUCGCUGUCGGAAUUCUUUUUUUUUUUUUUUUUUCUCAUGAAGAGAAUCCGUUGAAGUAAAUGCUGCUUCCAGUGAAUUAGGUCUUCAAUUUUAAAUUAGGGAUUUUUAGAGUUUUUCUUCUGGGUUUAGGGUUUUCUGAGGAACCAAGGAGGUGAUGAUGGUGAUUCAUGGGGAGUAUAGCAGUGAGGGCUGGUGCAGACGAUGAAAAGGAAGCAGCCAGCGGGAUGCCGAGCUUCGAUCCUCAAUUACCUGUUUCGAAUGCACUUUGUACAGAGGGGAACUCCAUCCAUUCUUAUCGAGUUUCUGACUUUGGGACACUUGAGCAAUCCAUUGGGUUUCAUUUAGAGGAUGCUGUGGACCUGAGUGGAAGCACUGCAUUCAAUUCGACAAAACCAAGUGGUCGAGCAGUUACUUCUGAUCCCCUCCAUAGUGUCACUUUUGAUAAGUCACAAAAUUCAUUUGAUAUAAAUCCAUCUGCUGCCCGGGUGGAGUCUCAGAGGUUGCCAUUGCAAAAGGGUCAACAAUCAAACCUGGUUUCUAUAUCUAGUGGUAGUGUAGAGAACUGGGGAGAGUCUGCAAUGGCAGAUGCCAGUCCUAGGACUGAUAUCUCGACAGACGUGGAUACAGAUGAUAAAGUUCAGAGGUUUGAAAGGGGUCAACCUGCUUCCAAUAUGGCUUCUGAUUCCAGCGACAGAUCAAAGGAUAAAAAUGAUCAGAAGACUCUUCGUAGGCUUGCUCAAAAUCGUGAAGCUGCACGAAAAAGCCGAUUGAGAAAGAAAGCAUAUGUCCAACAGCUAGAAAGUAGCCGGAUGAAGCUGACCCAACUAGAGCAGGAGCUCCAGCGAGCGCGACAGCAGGGUAUUUUUAUUUCAAGCUCAGGAGAUCAAGCCCAUUCAAUGAGUGGAAAUGGGGCCAUGGCAUUUGAUGUAGAAUAUGCUAGGUGGCUGGAAGAGCAGAACCGACAAAUCAACGAACUGAGAUCAGCGGUCAAUUCUCAUGCAAGCGAUGCUGAACUUCGUGUUAUUGUUGAUAAUAUCAUGGCACACUAUGAUGACAUAUUCAGGCUGAAGGGCGUUGCAGCCAAGGCUGAUGUUUUCCAUUUAUUAUCAGGCAUGUGGAAAACACCUGCAGAGAGGUGUUUUUUGUGGCUUGGUGGUUUCCGUUCAUCUGAACUCCUAAAGCUGCUUGUGAAUCAGUUGGAGCCUCUGACCGAACAGCAACUGUUGGGCAUCGGAAACUUGCAACAGUCCUCCCAACAGGCAGAGGAUGCAUUAUCACAAGGAAUGGAAGCAUUGCAGCAGUCCCUGGCUGAGACUCUGUCCAGUGGUUCUCUUGGCUCUUCUGGUUCAUCUGGAAAUGUGGCAAACUAUAUGGGUCAAAUGGCCAUGGCCAUGGGAAAGCUGGGGACUCUUGAGGGGUUUAUUCGUCAGGCUGACAAUCUACGACAACAAACGCUACAACAGAUGCACCGCAUACUGACAACCCGCCAGUCAGCUCGUGCGCUCCUUGCUAUACAUGACUACUUCUCCCGACUCCGUGCUCUGAGUUCUCUCUGGCUGGCACGUCCAAGAGAGUGAAGUCAAAGCUUGACAUCUUCUGGAAAAUCUACCUUCUAAAGUAACUUAUGGAGCCCAACAUUGUGAAUGCUGGGUCUCUGUAUGGUCUUUGUCAUCUUUAUGUUUUAUUUUUCAAAUCAAUGGUGUUGUAGUUUCAGAUUUCUGUGUAUCCAGUGAAACUUUGUAUCAUGUAUGCUGCACAUAAGUCCUCGUACAGUCACAGACUCUGCCUUUGGCCUUUGCCUCUUUCCCCUAGAAAUGUUAUUUGCAAUAAUAUUCAUAUAUUUAUGUUCAUUAUUAUUA